GGGGUUGACGUUUUCUAUUUGAUUUGUAGCAUGUAGCUAUUCUCUUAGAUAACAAAAAGUAGUUUUUCAAUUUAUAGUUCAAAAAUUAUUGUAGUUACAUACAUAAAUUGUAUUUUAAUUUAAAUAAUAACACGCUGCCAAAGUUAGGGUAACAAUGAUAGAAAAUCUUCCUGAUACAUUCCUUUAUUAUGCAUACGGAAGUAACUUGUUAAAGAAAAGAAUUCAUAUAAAUAACCCGUCAGCUGUGUUUUUAGGAAUUGGACGCCUUGAUGGCCAUCAACUUGACUUUAUAAAGUAUUCUGAGCACUGGAGAGGAACAUCAGCUACAAUAGUCCCUACAGAGAAGUCAUGUGUUUGGGGAGCAAUAUGGAGGUUGCAUAACCGUGACAUGCCAGCAUUAGAUAAACAAGAAGGUGUAGAUACAAAUUGGUAUUUUGCAAAAACUGUUGAUGUUGUUACUCCUGAUGGAAAUACAGUUCAAUGUCGAACAUAUCAACAAACUAUAAACCCAGAACUAAGAAAAGAAGGUGAAGAAUUACCUCCAGAAAGAAGACCUUGUAUUACAUAUCUAGAUUGCAUUAUAAAUGGAGCCAAAGAAUGUGAACUACCUGAGGACUAUAUUGAAGAACUGAAAAAAAUCCCUCACAAUGGACAAAUAGCAUCUCCUAAAAUGAUAGAAAAAUUAAAUAGAUGCAAUUAAUCAAAAUAUGCUGUGAUAUUGAAUGUUGUUAUAUGAUAAUGACUUCAUGUGAAGAAUGAUAUAUAAAUAAAUGAUUAUUUAAAGUGUUUUAUCAUACUUUA